AUGACAGCCUUUCUUGCAAUUGGAUUCGCACUCCUCGCCGCCGUUCAGGCUUGGGAUUAUGGAGUACCUUACUAUCCAGCACCGCAGUAUUUCGACCAACGAUCCCACGAAUAUCCUUGUCCGCCGACAGGACCCGAAAGUCUCGUUUGUGCUGGAGCUCCGGGUGCUCGACCCUCCACUUUUCCCAAUCCCUGCGAGGUUCAGCGUUUUAGAGCUCUCACUGGAAUAAAUUGGGAGAUCAUCCACGAGAACCGUUGCGAAACCCUGGAGGUUUGUCCCGACAAUUGUCAAGAUCAGUACAAUCCUGUCUGCGGAGUGUAUAGAGAUGCCAGGCGAAACUUCAGGAGCGAGUGCGAGCUGCAGCUGGUCAAGUGCCGCACAGGACAUCCUUGGCGAAAACACCAUGAUGGCCCCUGUGAAAGUAGAUAUCCAGUUCCUCAGUCUUCUCGCGCUCAAAGCUACAACCCCUAUGCGAUCAACCCCUACCAACCGCAAUAUGGCUCAUCUGGAUCGUACGCUCCCCAAGGACCUUAUGGAUCUCAAGGACCCUAUGGAUCUUACGGACCAUACGGAUCCCGAUCUCAGCCUCAGGGUUAUCCCCAAAGUGCUUUCGUGUCGCCAAAGCCCUCUUAUGAGGCUCCAGUUUAUCAUCCCUAUGAGAUUACCUGGGAAAACCUACCCACGGAGUUUACUGCCAAGCCUUAUGUAGAUCCCACCUACAAGACCACACCGAUCACUGCAACCUCUACAACUUCUACAACAACCUCCACCACCACCUCGACUUCAACCUCUACGUCAACAACACCAAUACCAGAAGAAACCACAGGAGUAGCAAGUACAACUCAAAAUCCCAGGCAAAACAUUAAGGUGAAUGCAGUGGUCGAAAAUCCCGUGAAUGAAACUACUACGCAAGAGCCUUCCACGACGACGACUUCUACUACAACUACAGUAAAGCCUCCAACAACGAAGAAGAGCCCCAAAUACGCCACAGAGCCCAGUUCCACAGAAUCCACUGUCACCGCUGCACCACUGAAAAAAUUGAUAACUACUGCUUCGCCGCAACAUGCAACAACUACAGCGAAGCCAUCAGGCCCUUCUCUUUCGAUAAACGCGGUUACAGAAUCCGAAGAAGAGGAGACCACUGAACAGGAAUCUAGCACGGAAUCAAGUACUGCCAAAGCUAAACCUUACCCAUCUUAUCCAUCAUACCAAUCCUCCAAGGUUUACAAGUCCUCUCCAGUCUACAACUCUACUGAAGCUUCCAAAGAAGAAGAAACCACAAAGGCUUCCAUCGAUGCAAUCGUUAAAGUAAAUGCAGUAGAAGAGACUACCGAAAAGGCAGAAGAGACUACCGAAAAGGCAGAAGAGACUACCGAGGAGGCAGAAGAAACUACUACAUCCUAUCCAUCGUAUGAAUCUCCCAAGGUCUACAAUACAUAUCCAGUUUAUGGAACCACUAAGAAACCUGCUGAAGAAAAGAAAAACGAGACAACUAAAAUACCUUUGGAAGUCUUCAAAGUAAACGCUGUGGCAGAAAGCACGACUGAGACUACAACUAGCACCGAAGCCAGCAGCUCUGAAGCCCCAUCCUAUCCAUCAUAUCCAACUUAUCCAGUUUACCCAUCGCCAACUGUCUACAACUCUUAUCCAGUCUACAGCUCCACUGAAGCUCCCGAAGAAGAAACGACUCCACCGCUGGAAAAGGUCUUUAAAAUAAAUGCAGUAGAAAUCACUACUGAAGAGGUAGAACAGACAACUGAGACGACAACGAAAUCCUAUCCAUCCUAUCCAUCUUAUGGAUCUCCCAAGGUCUAUAAUACAAAUCCAGUUUAUAGCUCUUCUGAAGCUCCUGAGGUAGAAGAAACUACUACUGAGGCUGUAGAAAAGAUUGUUAAAAUAAAUGCAGUGGAAGAAACUACUAAAGAGGCAGAAGAGACUACGGACUCAACAACCACCACGGAAUCCAUUGGUUCCACAACUCCACCGAUCUAUCCAUCGCACCCAGUUUAUCAAUCACCCAAGGCUUACAACUCCUAUCCGGUCUACAGCUCCACUGCAGCUCCGGAAGAAACUACGCAGGUGCCUGUAGACGAUCUCAUCAAAGUAAAUGCCGUGGAAGAAACAACAGAGGAGAAAGCUGAAGAGACCACUGAGUCAGAAGAACCGGAAUCAAGCACUGCAAAGGCAACGAAGAUUUACCCCUCAUAUCCAACAUACUCAUCCCCUAGUGUUUAUAAUGCUGAUCCAGUCUAUAACUCAACUGAGGAUCCUGAUGAUGAGGAAACAACAAAUGAUUCUUUGGAGGAAGUGGUUAAGAUUAAUCAAGUCACGCCUACAGAAGCCAGUCAAAAUUCAACCUCUACAACGACUGAUGAGCCAGAAGUCACUACUGAUUCUUCCACCGAAAAAGACGAGAAUAAUGACAUUGGUUCAGGAGAUUCCCCCAAGAUUGUGAGGACGGAAAGUAGAAAUGGAACUGUGGUUAAUUUGGAGGUGACCUGCAAACGGGAAUCCAAGAAAAUUCGAUUGGAUACUUCAAGCAACGACAACAGGAGCAACAUUUAUUUCAUGUUUUUCGGUUGUUAAAUGAAUUAAUCAUAUCAUCAAUAAUAAUAACUUACGAGAUUUUAAUGUUUACUAGUAUAAAGUUUAGGAAAUCAUUAAAUAUGUUCUUCUCAGUUCAAAAGUGUGUGAUUUUCAAUCGAUGGCUUGGAGUGUAAUGUUUGGUUGCCUAAGGCCGCGUACCUUGAAGAAGUCAACUUGGUUGCUCUCCAGCAGGAAUUGAUGGUUAAAUACGGUUGGUCGAUGAAUCAGGAAGAUUCGCCCGGUGGCAUUCAGGCGAUUCACCAUCGUAUCAUAAAACUCCUUCACCUCAUCUGCUCUUCUCCUUGGGUUUUUAUAAGUCCUUGGUUUGCUUUUAGCCCGCAUAUUUUGUUUCUUCAUCAUGAUCUUGUGGUUUCGGCGACGAAGUUCACUGAGCACGAUCAUAUUAUGUCGCACUUGCUCGAGCUCCCUUCUCAACUCCUUGCGUAGGACUUCAAAUGUCCAUGUCACUAUCGAAUUUAAUAUAUCCAUACCCUUCUCUAGGGCCGUAAGUUCAUCUGUAAUAAAGGCAUGUUUCCCAAAGUCGAUGGCGUAGGAAUCCGCAUGUCCCCGAGUUUCGUUCACCAUGCAUUUGGGUUCGCGCGAAGCGACCUCAUCGCAAAAAAACAUUCCAAGUAUAAAGAUGAUC